ACUCCUGUAAAACUUGUUUCAGCAUUUUUUGAAUGCUUGUUUUAAAUUGAGCAUUUUUUGAAACGGAGAUAAGCCUAUUGAGGGGAGAGGUAAUAUAGGUUUCCGAUUUAAUAUCCGCUAUCGGAACUCGGUGAAAAACGACAACCUCUCACCGUUCGCGUAAACAAAUCUCUGAGGAAAUUUUCUUCAUGCAAUAUCCGGUGCCGCUCACCAUUGGUUCGUUUACGCGGUAAUUUUAGCACCAACCAAUAAGGAGGACCAACGAUAGGACGGGCCAAUGGGAGGCGUUUGACGUGAACAGUGAUCCUAAUUGGACCAAUGUGAUAUCCGGUGCCGGACGCAGCGACAUCCUGCGCGAAAACCCGGGAAAGGGCUGAAUUGUCUGAAGGAGAGUUGACACCUGCGCAGCAUCAGUCGCUCUAAGAUCACAUCUCGCGAAAAGUAAUGAUUAUUUCGGUCCUCGGGCGUUUAGUUCCGCAUACUCCCACCGCGGCGCUGCGCUCCGGGAGUGGGAUGGCGAUGUAUCUACCUUGUUAUACUGAGCUGUUAAAACGUAAUAUUAGUGCUGAAAAUUGAAAAUUUUGGGCGAUAUAUUUCGAGAAGUGGUUUUUAUUAUAGUCCCAGUGUUAUAUUGCGAGCUGAAAAUGUGCGUAGUGCGGUUACAGAGGCUGCGAAGCCGAGUUUUAUAGACAUCGCCUGAUCGUCCAUUUGACUGUGUCGUUCGUUUUUCCAGGGACCGCCGGGCGAGUUUUGUAGUUGUGGAAUAUUUGCGAAUUUAUUAUUAUGUGCUUAUGUAGUGGCUUAGGUAGUGAAUCAAUGUUCCGCCAGUUUCGGCAUAUCGCGUAGUUUGUAAUGAUGUAUCCGGACGUCGCUCGCGUAUCGACCGACAAAGACGAAUCUUGUGGACUGUCCAUAUUGCACCCAGGAGCGUGUGGUUUCUGACCAGCUUGAUAAGAUAAUCGGUGGGUCACGGUCGAGCCCGCAGAGGGCGUGAGGACAUUAGCGCUUUUGUUAUGAAUAAUUUACAAAGCAUCGACAAUAACACCCGAAUUCUGCGUAACGCACAAAAUGCCAAUUCGAAAUCAGACCGCCGCGAGCGGCAAAAAGAUAGCCAUCUGAAAACUCACGAUCACUAAUGGCGCUUGGAAGACUAUUCAUCAUUCUCGUCAUAGUCGCGAUCGUGAUCGGCGAUCAACAUGAAGUCAAAACAGAAAAUAAAACGAAAAAGACCGUGGCGGCGGAAAAGGAGACCAGAUCGGCUAAUCCCAAAGACCGGGGCUCUUUAAAGCAAAUAUCGAGUUUGCUAAAAAAUAAUACGAAGCCGGGACGGAAGAAAAAUAUGUUGAGACAAUUGAAUAUUAAUGAUGAUAUGAUGAAUGACAACGAAGGAGUUUUAACUGUGCAUGAGAAGCCAUCGAAUGAUUCGCUGGCGCGUAAGAUUGACGCGCUCAGGCCUUCGGGCCCGAACUAUACGCCUGCUUCUGUGAACACUUACACCCCACAAGUGGUAGGAGUGUAUUGUAACUUUGAGAACGCGUCGAAUGUGACGGAUAUGUGUAUGUGGCAGUGGAACGCGUCUGUUUCGCGUCACGGGCUGGGGUUCUCCGUGGCGACGGCUGCGGAUUUGGUGGUGCUGAACAAGACGACUAGGGGGCUCAAGUUUUCGGGACCUCCGACGGAUGCGGAUGGGAAUGUUGACGGUCACUUCCUGUAUCUCCCGGUGGACCCCACGAUGGAGAACAUGGUCAUACGGUCGCCACUCUUCCGAGGACUGUGGGAAACAUGCCAGUUCGAAGCCUGGCUCCACCAGAGCAGGAUGCAAAACGCCAGUAUACGACUGGUGUCCGAAUCAGAGUCGGGGAUCCAGUGGAUUUUGACUGAAGUCACCGGGAAUAACUAUGAAGAAUGGCGAUAUUUCAAAGUGAAAAUCGCCAAAAUCCAGCAAGAGGUCAACAUCAUGGUGGAGAUCACUCGGCCGUCGUUCGUCAGUCUGAACAGUCCCCUGCCUCACAUCGCCAUAGAUAACAUCAGGAUGGUGGACUGCGUUCCUGAACCGCCUAUUUAUAACGGGCAGUGCAAGUCGCCGCAGCAUAAGUGCGAAAUCAUGGGCAAGGAAUCGUGCAUCAAGCUGCAGCAGGUGUGUGAUCUGGUGAAAGAUUGUGACAGCGGCAGCGAUGAAAACCAAAACUGCGAUAAAAUGCCGUAUGGAUCGUACUGCGACUUCGAGCUGGACUUUUGCGGUUUUGAAAAUAUACCUCAACCAAUCCUAAAAUGGGUGCGUCACAGCGGCCCGACGCCAACUGACAAGACAGGCCCGAAUCACGACCACACCUGCGGACCUCCAGAGACCCACUCCGCAAUCAAAGUCAUCCCUCCCCUCUUCCCGGCCCACAUGAACUAUACCCUCACCCACUGUGUAGGGUAUUAUUUAUUUGUGAACAUGAACGUGACUGGGCCUAAUCAGGAGAAGGCGGAUUUCGCUUCGACGGCGGUGAUGAAGACGGUAGUGUUUAAUCCGCCUCCGAGGCUGCAUGGGCGGCCGUCGUCGAGAUAUUAUAAUUGUUGUAUGAUUCGUUUCUACUAUCAACAAAAUGGCCGAAACACCGGCUCUCUGAGCGUGAACGUCGUAGAACUGUCCACGCGCGGUAACAUCUCUCAUCAAGUCUGGUUCUCGCACAGAGACAAAGGCGAGAACUGGUUACGAGCCAUCAUAUUCCUGCCUAAUAUUACUAGACGAUACUACCUCGAAUUCAAAACUCGGAGAGGAAUGAGAAUUUACUCGGACGCCGCCAUCGAUGAUUUUUCUAUGGCGCCCGAGUGUUUCGGGCUCAAUAUAGACCCCGACGAGUUAGGAGACUACAAUUAUUACGAUCCCGUGUUCGAAGAGAAGACUACGCCCCAUCAUGCCUUUGCUGAUAAAAUUUUCUACCGAUUCACAACAUGUGGUGCCACGGGCCGAUUCGGGCCCAACCAGACGAUGUGCGACGCGGCGUAUAACCAAACAGGCGUGUCUGUCACCGUCAACAACGGCGUACAAGUGUGGCAGGUGCCUCAUGAGGGGCUGUACACGAUAAUAGCAUUAGGUGCAAGUGGGGGUCUCGGUGGCAGUUGGGUGGGCGUAGCCCAUGGAGCGUCAGCAAGAGCUCUCUUCGAACUACACAAAGGGGAGAAAAUACACAUGUUAAUGGGACAGCAAGGACUCAACGCUUGUAAGAAGGGUCUAUCGGCUCAAGAAACUCAAGAAUGCAACAAGCGUGCCAACGACUCUGCGAUCAUCUUCACAAGCAAGACGCACGAGGUCCGGAACACGCAUGUCCAAGAUGGCGGCGGCGGCGGCGGUGGCGCCACCUAUGUCUUCCUUAUUGACAAAGAAGGCCAAGAGUUCCCUCUCCUAGUGGCAGGCGGAGGCGGGGGCAUCUCUCUAGGCACCUUCCACGACGAUGGCUCCCAGCACGCUCGACCUGCCACCAACGCUACUCCCGAGUCAGGUUACAUGUACGGUCAGCCUGGACAAACUCCUGGUGCUGGUGGCGGAUGGGUAGCAGGCGCGAAACCCAUCACACCAGGCUUCGAGUUAGUUCGAGGAGGCGCACUAAAAGAUGGCGCUAUCGGCGGCCUGGCGUGUGUUGGGCAAGCUCAUGGCGGCUUCGGAGGGGGUGGGGGUGGUUGCAGGAGGGGCGGCGGGGGAGGAGGAUGGAUAGGUGGCAAUACAAACGAGGGUCAUGGGCAUCACAGCGAAGGAGGAUGGUCAUAUGUGGACACGGCACGAGCGAUCAGAGACUACAGCGAAGUUACUGUGGGGCAGAGGAGCAGUCCUGGAGAGGUGUUGAUUAUACCGGCGAUACACGACUGCGGCUGCGCGUACCGCUGUGUGGCAUUAAACGAGCACCGGAGCGAAGUUCGCUGUUACUGCCCCUCCACCUGGACUACAGAUGCCAACGACCCCACCAAGUGUAUACUGGAAGAAUCUUGGACGAACAUGUCCAACAUGCUGGUCUGGGUGCUCGGGGUUUUCUGUUUCAUCUUCGCGCUGAUAUUCGUCAUUGGGUGUCUGUACAUGUACAACAUUUACCAGCGUCGGAAAGAGUCGGAACUCCGUCAAAAGCACCUCCUCGAACAAGAGGUCCAGUUGCACCGUCUGAGGAACGCACCUGGAGGCACUGAGAAUCCUCUAAGCAUGGCCUUCAACCCUCACUAUGGGAGCGAGAACAUUUUACCUCAGGGUAUCGAUGUUAGGGGACUACCGCAAGUUUCGAGAGAAGCCUUGAAGUUGGUUAAAGCCCUUGGACAAGGCGCCUUCGGUGAAGUCUACCAGGGCCUCUACCGCCAUGGGGCCAACAACCAAGAGCUCCCAGUAGCAGUAAAAACCCUCCCAGAAUUAUCCACGGGACAGGCGGAAAGCGACUUCCUCAUGGAGGCAGCCAUCAUGGCCAAGUUCAGACACGCUAAUAUUGUGCAUCUCAUUGGAGUGUGCUUUGAUAGCCAUCCCAGAUUCAUAGUCCUCGAGCUGCUCGCAGGAGGAGACCUCAAGAAUUUCCUCCGCGAGUCCCGGCCGAGGCCUGAGCGGGCGAGUGUGCUCACUAUGAAGGAUCUACUCCUGUGUUCAAUAGAUGUGUGUAAGGGCUGCAAGUAUCUGGAGUCUAAUCGAUUUAUACACAGGGACAUCGCAGCACGAAACUGCCUGCUGUCCUCCCGCGGGCCGGGGCGCGUCGUCAAGAUCGCAGACUUCGGCAUGGCGCGAGACAUAUACCGCGCGGACUACUACAAGAAGGGUGGGAAGGCCAUGCUGCCUAUCAAAUGGAUGCCGCCCGAGGCGUAUAUAGACGGGGUGUUCACUAUCAAGACCGAUGUCUGGUCCUUCGGAGUACUUCUUUGGGAGGUGUUCUCGUUAGGCGUGAUGCCGUAUACGGGCUGCGCUAACAGAGAGGUCAUGGAGAUGGUCUCAAGCGGCGGCCGGCUCGAGAAGCCCUACGGUUGUCCUCAAGAGAUCUACCGGCUGAUGUGCGACUGUUGGAACCCCACGCCCACGGAGCGGCCCUCGUUCGCCAACAUGCUCGUCCAACUCGAGUGCUUCUUAAAGGACCCAGAAAUCGUGAGCGCGCCGCUCCCCGUGGUGCGGUCCCUGUUACCCCCGACCGAGGUUCAACUCAACAAUGGCCCGCAGCGCGCGCCGCCCUCGUGCGACUACCUCGAGCCCACGCCGCGCGCCGACCCGCCGCCGACCUCUAGCUCAACGGAUCAGCUGCUGCCUCAUAGCAAAUCGCCAACGGCGACGCCGGACCAUCCAGGAAUCGAGGAUUCACAAUAUCCACCUCUUCUGAAAGCAUCACAAGGAUAUGGCAACAUUCCAAUGGCGUCGCGGCGCGACAGCGGCGGCGCAAGGCGCGAGGCUGCUACUCCCGCCGCCGAGACCAACACCACCACAAAGUUUCUGCCGUCUAACUCUACUGACAGAUUACUAAGUUCAGUGGACGGCGGUUCAGUGGACUCAGACUCGGCGUCAGAAGACGGGCCCGCUGUAUGGGAAACCUCGUUCUCUGAGCGGCCUGAACGGCCUGCAGAUCCGGGACCGGCGGUCGACAAACUAAUCAGCAUAACACCAACGUCGCCCAAGCCCCCGGAGAACGUUCUAUCCAAAGCGAUAGACGCCAACGUCAACAUUAUGGACAAAACCAACCACAGCAAAAACAGCCUCAUGCCAGAACGAAAGACUGCCCCCAUAGCCUCCCCCGACCCACCCCGGAUCACCGCCUGGGCUAAAGAACCUCCUAAACUUAAACCCAAACCCCUCUGCUUAGACGCAGCUCAGCUAGAACAAAAUCUAAACGCACUUAAAAAGAAUUCAGGCUCUGUAAACCUAACGACGAUGAACAUCCUUCCACCUCCAUAUUUCAACGUAGUUACCCCUAACAAGAUAUCCGAAUCUAAAACUAUACAGAUCGAUCCAAAGAAAGCUGUCAUACAGGAUCUAAAUAGUCCAAGAGAAGAGCCUAAAGAGGAGAAAACUAAGCUAAAACAAUCAAAUUCAGCAGCUAGUUUACUAAACGGUCCUAUGACGGAUGUUCCAUACGCGGACAGUGAUAAUGCGUCGUCUAGUUCUGGCAGUAACGGACAGAAUCAGAUAAAUAACCAGAAGAAUAAGAAUUACUCUGACGUCAUCGUUGGUGAGAGGAAGAUUAUUAAACAGGGUAGCAAUGGGGUCGCCGAGUCUGAGAUUAGUUGUUAAAGUGUAAGGCGUGGAGAAGCGAAGCUGAAAGUUUUUACAAUGAUUAAUCAAAAGACAAUGGUUUUUUAUAGCAUUGCAGUGGUUCAGACAAUGAAAUUGUUGAAUAUUUUAAAUUUGUAUAUUCUCUAGCACAAAACUGUAACACACCAAGAGGAAAGCAAUUUAGAUUUAACAAAAAAGAAAACUAAAUACAUACAAUAAAGGGAACGCCUUUUAAUAGGCCGUUGGGUGGAUAGAAAUAUCACUAUUUUCCCCAAACCUACCAUGUCCAAAAAACUACCUACUGAGAAUACUCAAUAAGAUCACUAAUAACUGGAAUUGCUUUAUGUGGGUAAUUUAUGCCAAUAACCUUUCCACUGAAAAAUAGAUUUGUUAAUUUGUUUUAAUAGAUUUGUUAUAUUUGUAUAAGGAUGCAAUCAACAGUUUCAUUGCCGCCACUGUCUCUCAACGAAAAUUAACUUCGUCGGUUGAUAUUAAAAAAAAAAACUCACCAACUCUCAAAAACCUAUACAAUAUAUAACAAAAACCUAUGUACAAUAAAGUGCCACCUACUACUAUUUGCUAAUGUUUUUUGGUUGUAAUUAUUUCUGACAGAUUUGUACAGAGUUGAUUGAAAUCAGUGUGUGAUACGCUGGUACCCGACAUCAGUUUCGCUUCUACAUGCAUCUUGUAGUGUAGUGGAAUUAUACGCCAUUGGUUGUGCGGAGUGAUGCGGCGUUGCCGUGACAGACUUUAAAAUGCUUUAGACUUUAAAAAACUAUAGAUAUAACUAAAUAAGUCAUUAACCUAAGUUGUAAAUAUAAAAACUUUUACAUCUAAACUAAGAUUAAAUAUAGUUCGAGAUUAAGGAUUAUUUCGAAAAUGUAUUUUUGUCGAUGUGUACAAAUUUGUUUUGUAAUAAAUGUAUUUCUUUGACAAUUGUAAUGGCUUCCUGGAUCGCUUAUAGAUUAAUUUAAUAGUUUAUUGUUGCUCAAGUUGCUCAAUAUUUUGCCGGUUGUAGGCCAAAUAAAAUAUAAAAUGUUAGGUUUUCUACGUAGGUAGAUAUCCAAGAUAUGUUAAAAUGGAAUUUUAUACUGAAAAAUUGUUUUUACAUAGUUGUUGCUUGGUAGCAUUUUUUCCCAUGAGAGUUGUAAAAUGUAUUUACAUAUGUAUUUUGUAUUGAGUUGAAGCUUUCGUAAUUAUUUGCUUGUACAAUGAACCAGUACUUUUUACCUAUUGUGCGACUAGCUGGCGUGGUUGCACGGAGCGGGAUAACGAAAAAUAGUAUGAGCACCAAUUUUGGUGUCUAGGCAUAGUAGUUGACGCGCAUCACUACGGAUCCGGACCCCUGUUCGCGCUUGCGCCACCUAGCGGUUAUAUCUGUCGUAAUAGACGCGUUUUGCUAGAGAGUGAACCUUUUAUACCUAGUACUAUUAUUUAUUCUGUGGCAUGCAAGGGAUUUUACCUACAAAUAGCUCCAUGCACCCACCCACGCUAUUUAUAGCGGACGCCCUAGAGCUGAAAUUUGCGUUAUGUUAUAAAACUUAUAAAGAUAUCUACAAAUAUUUUAAUAGUUACGUUAUUAAAAUAAACUCUUUAAUAAGUUUCGCGGAAACGUAAAACAUAUUUCGGAAAUCAAACGCACAUUGCACUUAAUAAUAAAAUAGUUAGAAUAUUUUGAAAUAUAAAUAUAAAUAAGAUCAUCGAAAUAUUUCUCUUAUCAGUUUCAAGUAGAUUUGCGAUAUUUUUCAGACCGUGCUAAAUAAAUAAAAUAAUAGAGCAAUUAGAUAUGAAUAAAGAAAUAAAAAUAUAAAAUUGAUUAAAAAUGUUAAUAUAUUUAUGUUGACUCUGGAAAUAGAAACUUCUGAAAGUUUACUGUUAAAUAUACCUAAUAUAUUUUUUAUUUCAGUCACACUCUUAAUUUAAAGGAAAACCAUGCAGAAAGGGUGCAUUAAAUACUUUGAAAUAUAUCUGCAAGGGUUAGCUGAAAACCUACCUUAUUAAAUUAUGAAACUGUAUUUUCCAUUAGGUAAGCUCCGUAAUAAAAAUAAAAACUAUAAAUUCACACAAACUUCUUUAUUACUUUUCUACGAAAUGAAACCUAAAUUCAAUUCUAUUAAACAAUUCACUCAAUCAUUUUGUUCAGAAUAAUAACAAUUCACUCAAUCAUUUUGUUCAGAAUAAUAUUAUUUUUAACAUGAUAUAUUAUCCUUUAAUGUCAAAAAGUUUUUGUUACUUUUCUAUCUGUGACCAAAAUAUCAGUAAUAUUAUGAAAGUAAAUUUUUGGCAUGUUCAGUUUAAAAAACUGUUCUUCCCUAUGACUUGUUGAAAUACCCACCCAAUAUAGAUUUGAAGAAAUGUAAACAAACAAGCAUUAUAAUUCUAGAACAAUUAGUAUAAAAAUGUAGUAAUGCUUAAAAUGUUUGUAAAUAAUAUAAAAAGUAGACAUUUAUUACAUAAAUUCCGACCUUUAUACAUAUAUUCAUAUAAUUAUAAAAACCGUUAUAAUUAAUGUAGAUAUAGAAUAACGCAUAUGUUUUUGUUGUAAUAGUUUUAAUUCCGUUAAGAAUGGGUGUAUGCUAUAUAUAUAAUAUAUACAAAUAUAUAAAAAAAACCACCCGACAUGUUAGGAAUAGGUCACAUGAUAAAAAAUGAAUGUUGUUUCAUUAGAAAACAAUAUAGGAUUAUAUCUAUUUAUAUGGAAUAUAAACGUGUGUAAAUUUUAAGAGAAUGCUUUAAUUAAACUAAGAAAUAGUGUAAGAUAUAGCAAAAAUUGAUUUUUAAUCGUUGUUUUUAAUCAGAGUAGUGCCAAUUUUGAUAGUUUACUGCCUUUCAUUUUGCAUUUAGGAUAUUGUUUGUAUUAUUGAGGCAUGAAAUGACAGGGUAUCAUGAAAAGAUUCGUUCUCUUUAACUUUAGUUUCUCGUUUUCUGUCGAGGAUCUUCGUCUUUUCGCCCUGAAGCCUCAUGAGGUAAUGGCGUUGUUUUGAGCCGUUCUGAACGAAUUUUGUGCAAGUGUUUGUUAAGACAAUGUUCCCUGAAUAUUUUUUGAAAAGACUGCCGUGACAGUAUGGCUAAUACUCCGGCUGGACUCCCGUUUUAUAUUUCUUCGUAGGGUUAAGUAAUUAUGGUUCUAAAAACUAUGGAGUCGAUUGUAAAAACUGCAGAAAUACUUCAGGGAGCAUGUGUAUAUGGGAAUAUUUGUAAAGGCCUCGGGCUUGACGUAACAUAGUUUCGAUGGUUUUUGACAUGAGUACGAAUGGUAAUUAAUGUAUAACUUUUCAUAAGAAAACGUUUGGAUAUCCCGGAUUAACUGUCACUAAAAAUAAAAACACUUUCGUUAGACGAAUAACGUUUUACUGUCACUUCUGUAACGUUGCUCAAUUUAGAAUUAUUCUUUUUGAAUUAGAAAAAACUUUCUAAAGAUUUUAAUUUUAACAAAAAAGUUAAAUGUGGUUGUGAAGUAUGUAUAGUGACGGAAAACAUCCUAAUAAGUUCCUUCGACUUGAAGCGAGUGACUCUGAAAUGUUAUUCUUCCGUAUCAUUUCUUUUGAACAAAAUGACAGUAGCUCGUGUCAUUUCUCGUGAACGAAAUGAUAGUUAUACUGUUUUGAACAACGAAGUUGCAAAUUGUCCUGAGCAUAUUUUAACGUUUUAUUUUUGAGACAGAAUCCACUUGUUGGAUAUGCGAUGAUCGUUUUAGGAUAUAUAAAUAUGCUAAAUAGAUAGCACUUAUGUCUACUUGUGAAAAUAUGGAUGACACAAUGAAUACAAGUUGCAUGUAAAUUUAUAAAAUACAGAACAAAAGUGUAAUUGAUAUUCAAAGAUAAAAUCAUUAAUAAUAAAUGUA